AACACCUUUGCAACCACUGUAAAUGUGAAUUCAGAUUGCAGUUUCUGGCAUAGGCCACUAGAGGACCUAUAUUCCCAUUUUUACGAUCAUAACCACCCCUUCCCCCUCCCACCGUUGCGCGCUUGCUCUCCCUCCCACCCCGCUAUCUCCCUUCAAGGGGCACAAAUGCUACGGUAGUAACACCGGCAGGUUAGCUAUUGUCAGGGUGUGCGCGACAAGGGGUGAAAAAUAGAUUUUUCAUCCUAGAUUCAGCCUGAUAUUACGAAAACGGAACUGCACGAUAUACCCAACCUAUCCCUAGCGGAGCUUCAAGCUGAGGAAUUUAAAAUCAGACUGCUCCGUGAUACCAUCCCAGACACAGAAGAACACAUAUCAAUGUACUGACUGAAAUCAAUAGACAGGUGCAGCCACUUACUGAUAAAGGACAGGCAUAUCAUCACUCUGACUAACUUCCACGGCCUAAGAUAAAUGGCUGACAAGCAGAUCAGUUUGCCUGCCAAAUUGAUCAAUGGGGGGAUCGCUGGCCUGAUUGGAGUGACCUGUGUAUUUCCCAUUGACUUGGCAAAGACCCGCCUGCAGAACCAGCAAAAUGGAUCUCGCCUUUACACCAGCAUGUCUGACUGCCUUAUCAAGACUAUUCGCUCAGAGGGAUAUUUUGGAAUGUACAGAGGAGCUGCGGUAAACUUAACUCUUGUCACUCCUGAGAAAGCCAUCAAGUUGGCUGCAAAUGACUUCUUCAGGCAACACUUCUCCAAGGAUGGCCAGAAGCUCACCUUGCUCAAAGAGAUGCUGGCGGGGUGCGGGGCUGGUACGUGCCAGGUUGUCGUCACUACUCCUAUGGAGAUGUUGAAAAUACAGCUCCAAGAUGCUGGAAGGAUUGCGGCCCAGAGGAAGCUCAUGCCUGAGACAAUCCCAGCAGGCACCGUAGAGGCCAAGUCCCCCACUGCCAUGCAGUUGACACGUGAGCUACUGAAGAGCAAAGGCAUCGCCGGCCUCUACAAGGGCUUGGGCGCCACUCUGCUCAGGGAUGUUCCAUUUUCCAUCAUCUACUUCCCCCUGUUUGCAAACCUGAACAACCUGGGGAAGAGGGGCGCGGAGGGUCCCGCCCCCUUUUACGUCUCAUUCAUCUCAGGGUGUCUGGCAGGAAGCAUUGCUGCCGUGGCUGUUAACCCUGUUGAUGUGAUCAAGACCAGGCUGCAGUCUCUGAACCGUGGAAGCACAGAAGAAGCCUACAGUGGAGUGUCUGACUGCAUCAGCAAAAUCCUCAAGAAUGAGGGUCCCUCAGCUUUCCUGAAGGGGGCGUACUGUCGCGCCCUGGUCAUUGCACCUCUUUUUGGCAUUGCCCAGGUGAUCUAUUUCCUGGGUGUAGGUGAAUACAUCCUCAGCUUUUUGCCUAAACGAGACAACUAAGUUCCCCUUCUCAAGGGCUUCCCUACCCCCAUCAUGCAUACUACCAACUGGAUCAGGGCUUAUCUCUGUCUUAAGGUUUUGAUCUGUUGUUGGGUCAGAACAAGACCGCCAGUACAGUUUGUUUUACCCUGUUGAGUUGAAUGUCAAGGUUUUUAGCAUAGAGUGUAGGAAGAGUCUGUUUGCCAAGCUGCCUAUGGUGACUCAUCAGGUUCCUGUUAUUCAGUCUUCUUGAACCGAAGCCACAAAUAUCAUCAUAUAAUUUCAAACGAUCUUUUUUUUGUCUGUUUUGUAUUUGUUUUGGGCAAAAUUGACAAAAUACAGGGUAUAUCUGUGCUGCUCUAGAUCACUGCAGUUUUGAAAGCUGUACAGAAGAAGUUGUUUAGUACUACCCAGCACAAGACCAAUAAUGAUGAAGAAUAUAGAAUAUUAUAUACAUUUUUAUAUGUUAUGUUAAAAUUUGCAUUGAACUAAAUACCACAAAAAUUUAUUGUAAUAUUCAAGAAUACUCCUUUAAAUAUUGCCCAGAUGUUAUUACUACUAAUUGGCGAAGAACGAACAUUUUAUUUAUUUGCCUGUGUUCCAACCAAAGACCAGGAAAUGGGAUCUUAACACAAUCCAUUGGAUUUGAACUUACCUGUACAGCCAGAUUCCUACCUGUAACUGGUUGUAAUGAAACCUGCCAUUCAGCCAAGCCAUGAGCUGACUCCUAUUGCCUUGUACUCGUGGGUCUCUGGUGUCUGGUCACAUUACAGUGGGCAGGCUACAUCCCUGGUGAAGUCAGCCUCUCUCUACAGCUGAUCAUCAAGCUCCAAAUAUAGCUCUCUCUAUGAAGGUGUGUGUGUGUGACACAUUCCCUAUGUACUUUGAAAACAUUGGCCAAUUGUAAAAUUGUGCUCUUAAGAUAAGAACGCAUCAGAGCAGAAGUGAAGUAUCCUCUAAAAAGAGUUACCACCCGUCUGAAUGUAUCCUUCCCACCGUACGUGACCAGAUACCAGAGACGUAGCCUGCUCAUAUUGAUAGAGUAGCAGCUCCAAGUGUAGUAGACCCAGACCAGAGCCAUAUUAAUAUAGGCCCUCUAUAUCUAUACAUGAUUAUCCAACAUUUAUAAUGGAGCUCAAAUGCAUUGGUUUCAUAUCUUAAAUAUCAGUACUUGAAGAGUGAAUCAGAAUCAAUUUGAUGUUAAUGUUGGGCAAAACAACAAGGACCUCAAAUUCUUUCAGCAACAUUUAAACAAUGUAUGCUCUAGACAUUUUGUUUGCUUUGUUCUCUUGGAGAUGCUUCCAUGGUGCGUUCUUGUGCAUGUUACAUCACAGGAAGCCUCCCAUUGGUUUAUCUUGCUGGAGAUCAAGGUGACUUUGAUGUGUCAUAUCCAAUCAUAUUCACUCCUUGCUCCUGCAGGCUCUGCUCUUCAAUUGUACUGUUGCACUCAUAAUGUGCAAUGCAACUCUUUAAUGUAUAAUCAAGUAUUGGAGUGAGAUCAAUAUUCCUUUAAUACAUAGAAUAUAUAUAUAUAUAUAUAUAUAUAUAUAUAUAUAUAUUCUAUAUAUAUGCAUACAAACAUACAGUAAAUAAAUAGAUAUGUAUAUCUACAUGUAUAUAUAUCUAUAUAUAUACAUAAUAUUACAUUGUAUUUGUAUGUUUUUUUCUGUGUUAGUUUCCACCUUACUGUGUUGGACAUAUACAGAUGAUAUUAACUUUAUGUUUUCGAUUGUAUCAUUUGUUUUGUACAUGAUGGCUUAUUUGCACACCUACCUCUCCAGUUACCCUCUCAAUCGAUGUUGUUAUGAUUUUAUGUUAUGAUAUUGUGAAAAUAUCCAAUGAAUGAAUACGUUCUCAUUUAAUACAGUGAGGAUAUCAUUUGAAUUUACUGCAGCAGAAAGGGUUUGAUUUAGCUUUAAAGUAUAUGCAAUGAAGAACUGAUGUGAAGAACUGUUGUGGAAGCUCUUUGGUGAUCACUCGGAUGUGUCAUGGCUCACAUAUGGUUCCCCACUCUUUCAUUAAAUCUGACCAAAAACUCUAUAUAUGUUAUACAAUACAUUAAUACCCCUCCUAAAUAAUUAUGAUCAUCAUGAGAAUGUGAAAAUAUGCAUACUGCAAAAACAAUUUAGAAUUUCAGCACCUACACUAGUUCUACAGUACUUUGCGGACCUCAAAUUUAAACUUUAAUUACAUUAGCAUUUACAUUUUUGAAUCAAGGUCAAAAUAAAGUUUUUUUAUUUUUUUCAAAAGUACCCAAGGGUAAAUUUGUUAUGCAGAUGGGAGAUUCAGCAAUCCCUGUUCAAAACAAAACAUCACAGUGAUGCAGAUUAAUUAAUUGCUCAAAAACAAAUGCUUAUAAAAUAUAAAACUCCUGAGAAGGUCAUGACGACACGUGCUUCUACCCCCCCCCCCCCCCCCAUCCACACACUUACUCUCCCAUUCCAUCCAAAUGGAUCUGUUUUCAGUGACUAAAAGUAAUGGCCGACCCCUUGACCAGUCUUUCUCAGAGGGACCCAUUCUGAAUGGUCAGGGCUGAGGCCAGUCUCCCAGUAUGUGACCAUUGAUCCCAGCCAUCACCAGAGAGCUAGAGAAAUGGCCUGCCUGCUCAUGCUUUCUUUAUUCUUUACUGUGAUUGUGUCGUCGUUCGUUCGUUCCUCAACAUUCCAAUUGCUAAUCCAUCUGGUGUGAUAUUAUUGUGAUUGUAAUACUCGUUUCAAGUGUGUGUUGUCAUGGAUGUGUCUUUAUACCCCUGUUUUUUAUUUGUUUCCCUUUUCAUUUGAAUCAUGAUAUCUCCCUAGUUUUUGAUUUGAUCAGCGGUGAAUUUGCACUGAAUUUGUGCACCUGGUUGUAUAUUUGGAGUGUGUGUGUGUGUGACUGUGUAGUGCUGUAGUUGAUAGCUGUGUAAAUGUAGUUCUUAGUGUGAUAUUGAGGUGUAAUUCUCUAUGACUGUCUGUCCCACUCUACUGUCCUCCCUUGUCUAUCACACUCCUCCUCCAUCGACCUAGCCUUGCUUGUAUCACAGGGCUGAAACACGAUGUGGAAAACAUUUUAAACACCAAAUAUAGAGAUGUAGAGUGUAUACAAUCAAAGAAAGCACAACAUUAUUAUUAUUAGGCACAAGAACAGUCCUCACAUUGAUAAUACUCAGAUGAAGUCCUUAUCCUGACAUUGAAACAACAGGAACACAGUUGGUCUUCUAAGAGACUAUUGGUGUUUAACAGUAUAUCUCACCACUCUACAGUUAAUCAGUAAAUGUAUAUUCUGUGUAUCCUAAAGACAUCCAACCUCAGAAUGUAACUUAUAUAUAAAAUGACUUCAUAUAUACAUUAUAGUAAAGAUGAGUUUAUUAGAUAUUAGCAUUCAGAGAUUUGUCUGGAACCCAGCAACAUUGACAGAUUAUAAAAUAACCAUCUUACUGUUAUGCAAAUAAAUGGAGAACACACGCGACGAGUAGACACCUGUAGUGUAAAGAACACGCAAACACUUUGUUUCACUGCAUCACACUAUAUAUUUAUCAGUAAUGCAUCUGACUGGGCAUCUGCUCUCUUCCUCCAAGAGGAACCGUGCAUUUUAGCACUUUAAAAUAAUAUUGCCCCACACCCCAGUCUCCAUCAAGGUAUCUCUUAUCUACCACCUGGAGGGUGUUAUGAAUAUGUGUGGUGAUUUUAGCUAUUACAAUUGUCCUGGUCAUUGUUUACAAGGCAACAAGAGAGAAAAAAAUCAAAACACAAUGAAGAUGUAUUCCUUGUCCUAGUUUGCUGUUCAAUAAAAUGAGAUGACUGUCCUGA